GGGGAUUUGGAAUGUAACUGAAUUGGCCUGGAAAUCUCAGUCGCCAGUGUAUUCGUGCCAAAUUUUAUGUAACGCACAAUGGUGAUUGGCAGUUUCCCAGUUGGAAAAAUUUUCAUUCAUGGCGUGAAACGGAUUAGCAAGCCAUUCGGAGACCUUCUGAUUUGGAUGGGCAAGCAUCAUCCCUUCAUCCGGCGCUACAUCAUCAUUCCGCCUGCCCAGCUCUACAACACCUUUGAGGUCCGUUCCAAGCUUCGUAUGCUUCGAUUAAAGCAGCCCAGGAGGAUUCCACCCCUCUCCACUCCGAUCGCCACCAGAUUGGGCGCUGAUAUGCUGAGUGAGGCUUUUGUGUUUGGCAUCGGCGCGGGUCUCAUAUACUAUGAGCUUUCAAAAACAUAUGCAAAAACUAAGAAACAGAACCAGGAAAUUGAGGAUCAGAAAAGAGUUCUAGAUGAGUGCGUGGACUGUAUCAGUGCAGAUGUGGAACGGAACCAAAGGGAAAUCAACUGGAUUAUGGCAGUCCUAAAAAACGUCGAAAAAUAAGGAUUUAUAAUUUUAUUAUGUAAAAAAUAA